CAGGGCGCGGGCGAGCCUCGCGCGGGGCCGCGGGAGCCGAGUCACCCCGGCGCUGGAGGCGGCCCGGCGCCCGGCCCGGGGUUGAGCGGCUUCUCCCGCCGCGGAGCCACAGUCCCGAGUCGGCGGCGGCACCGGGGACUCCCUCACAGCUCCAGAGAGUCGCCUUCCACCGAGACCAGCGCCCGAACAUGAGGUUCAACCCCGUCAUCCAAGCGGCCAUCGACCUCACGUCGGGGGCCCUCGGGGGCACCGCGUGUGUCCUGACCGGGCAGCCCUUCGACACCGUGAAAGUGAAGAUGCAGACGUUCCCGGGCCUGUACCAGGGCUUCGCCGACUGCUGCCGCAAGACGUACUCGCAAGUGGGCCUGCGCGGCUUCUACAAGGGCACCGGGCCCGCGCUCAUGGCCUACGUCGCCGAGAACUCCGUCCUCUUCAUGUGCUACGGCUUCUGCCAACAGCUGGUGAAGAAAGUGGCGGGACUGGACAAGCAGGCCAAGCUGAGUGACCUGCAGAGGGCGACCGCCGGCUCCAUGGCGUCCGCGUUCGCGGCGCUGGCCCUGUGCCCCACUGAGCUGGUGAAGUGCCGGCUACAGGCCAUGCACGAAAUGGAGAAGUCCGGCAAGAUCAACCAAAGCCACAACACCGUUUGGUCCGUCGUGAAGGGCAUCCUGAGGAAGGAUGGCCCCUGGGGCUUCUAUCACGGCUUCUCCAGCACUCUCCUUCAAGAAGUACCGGGCUACUUCUUCUUCUUCGGCGGCUAUGAAGUGAGCCGAACGCUCUUGGCCUCAGGGAGAUCAAAAGAUGAACUAGGCCCUGCCCAUUUGAUGUUAAGUGGUGGAAUUGCUGGGAUUUGCCUUUGGCUUGUCAUAUUCCCAGUGGAUUGUAUCAAAUCCAGAAUUCAGGUUCUUUCCAUGCAUGGAAAACAGGCAGGGUUUGUCGGAACUCUUGUUAGGAUUGUGGAAAGAGAGGGAAUAGCAGCCUUAUAUUCUGGACUGUCGGCUACUAUGAUUCGAGCGUUACCUGCCAAUGGGUCACUGUUUUUGGUUUAUGAGUACAGCAGGAGGAGGCUGAUGAGCCAGUUGGAAGCAUACUGAGGUGUCUUGGUGAACCUGGAUUCAAAUACACACCUUUGAGGACUAUAGUUUAUCUCAGGGUUUCAUGGAGUACUGGACUAAAACUGAAUGUGCCCCUUCUCUCCAAAUUCAUAUAUUGAAGCCCUAACUCCCAAUAUGAUGGUAAUAGGAGGUGGAGCCUUUGGGAGGUAACCAGGCCUGGAGGACAUUAUAAGGAUGGAGCUCCAUGAUGAGGUUAGUGCCUUUAUAAGAAGAAGAAGAAGAAGAAGAAACACCAGAGUUGCUCCUCUCAGUCUUGUGAAGAUACAGAGAACUCUGCAGUCUGCAAGCCAGGAAAAAGGCCCUCAUCAAGGACCCAAUCUGCUGGCACCUUGACCUUGGACUUCCCAAUCUCCAGAAUUGUGAGAAAUAAACAUCUGUUGUUUAAGCCACUAGCCUAUGGUAUUUUGUUAGAGUAGCCUGAGCAAACAGACAAUCUGACUUGCUAUCUCUCUAAUAUUCAAAUGUUCCAUAUAUAUAUGUAAGUCUAGUUUGACCUAUUACAUUUGUCAAAUUUUCUGUCUGUGUACCAGUACCAGACCAUCUUGAUUAAUAUAGAUUUAUAACAAGUCUUAAUAAUUAGUAGGGCAAGUUUUUUCUUCCUAUUCUUUUUUCUUAAGAUAUUUCCUAGAUAUUAGUGACAUUUUAUUAUUUCAUAUGAAUUUUAAAGUAAUGUAAUAUACUGGGGGAGAAGAGAAUUGAUAACUUAAAAAAAUGAAUCUUCCCAUUCAUGAGCAUCACAUAUUUAUUCAUUAAUGUAAGUCAUCUUAUCUCUUUAUAUAAAGUCAUAUAAUUUCCCCAUAGAGAUCUUACACUUUAUUGUACUUGUUCCUAGGUACUUGAU